GAGAAGUGAUAUUUUUGCUGUUAUAGGAGCAGCACUGUGUCUUGGUGAAUUUUGUUUUGGCAUCACGUCUCCUACAGGAAGUGAAGAACUUCCUCCUUCCUUCGCGCUGCUGCUUCACUCAAACCAGUUUUCGUGGCGAUGACUUCCUACCAGCCAGUCUGGCCUGAUUUUCGGUGACUUUGUUGUUUUCCUUUGGCGUUUCUGGUGACGGCGAAUGUCAUUUAAACCCGCAGUGUUUUCAGUGCGCAAAAAGUCUUUGUGGCGCAAUGGCUGCGACGUAGCGCCACUUUUGGAUCCAGGGUGGACGAAGGUUUGCGCGCGGAGGUGCCGCAAACUUUUACGCACGACAACGAGACACCGAGGAGGCAACAAAAGCCAACAUGAAGAAACAGUUUAAUCGCAUGAGGCAACUUGCCAACCAGACUGUCGGAAGGGCUGAGAAAACUGAGGUGCUGAGCGAUGACCUCCUGCAGAUUGAGAGACGGAUGGAGUUGGUCCGUUUGGUGUCGCACAACGCACACAAGAAGCUGGUUUCUUGUCUGCAAAGUCAACUGGGCACAGACACCGAGAAGAGACACAAAAAGUUGCCGCUGACGUUGCUGUCCCAGGCCAUGCAGGAUGGAGGCAGUCAGCUUGGAGACGAGAGCCUGAUCGGGAAGAUGAUGGAUGUGUGCGGGGAGGCGGAGAACAGAUUAGCCACUGAGCUGAUGCAGCAUGAAGUUCAGAUUGAGAGAGACAUCCUGGAACCUCUGAACCAGCUCGCUGAGGUGGAGAUCCCCAAUAUACUUAAACAGAGGAAGCAACUCGCCAAGCUGGUUCUAGACUAUGACUCCGCCAAGACCAGAUGGUACCAGGCAACGAAAUCAAACAAUCAGGCAGUGGCAGCUAAACUCGAUUCUCUCAAAGACGAGAUGGACGAGGCUCUUAACAAAGUAGAAAUAUGCAAGGACCAACUUUCUGCAGAUCUGUACAAUUUUGCUUCCAAAGAGGGCGAAUACGCUCGUUAUUACGUCAUGUUAUUAGAGGCUCAGGCUGAUUACCACAGGAGGUCACUGGCAGCUCUGGAAGCAGCUAUUCCAACCAUCCAGCUCCAGCAAGACUCAUGGAUGGAGAAACCGGCGUUUGGCACAGCUCUGGAGGAGCACCUGAAGAGGAGCAACCGUGAGAUUGCUCUGCCCAUUGAGGCCUGCGUCAUGAUGCUGCUGGAGACUGGGAUGAAGGAGGAGGGGUCUUUUCAGAUAGCAGCAGGAGCAUCAAACUAAAGAUAGCUGAAGGCGGCGCUGGACUGUUCGACCUCACAGCUGGAAGAGUUCUACUCGGAUCCUCACCGCUGUGCAGGAGCCCUGAAGUCCUACCUCAGGGAACUUCCUGAACCCCUAAUGUCAUACGGCUUGUAUGACGAAUGGACUCAAGCCUCCAAUGUGUCUGAUCCUGACAAGAGGCUUCAGGCUCUGUGGGUGACAUGUGACCAUUUGCCUAAAUCCGAACAAGUCCAACUGAGGUAUUUGGUGAAAUUUCGCAAACUGGCUCAGGAAAGUGAUGUAAAUAAGAUGACUCCCAGCAACAUCGCCAUAGUUCUAGGACCCAACUUGCUCUGGCCAAAGACUGAGGGGACGCUGGCAGAGAUGGCGGCAGCUACAUCGGUCCACGUGGUUGCCAUCGUUGAGCCAAUUAUCCAACAUGCUGAUUGGUUCUUCCCUGAAGAGUUGGACUUUAAUGUGUCAGGCAUGUUUGCCAUGCCCACCCAUACGCCCACCCCUGACACUGAACCCAACCUGGACAGGAAGCGCCCAGGCAGCCUUGUGGGGCAGCAGGAUGGGGACGGCCCCCGUAAAGACAGCCCCAUUAACAAACAGCCGGAACCCGCUCCACGUAGAGCCAACACUGUAAAUAGAAAGCAGACACAACUAACCUCACCUACCUUCCAACCCACACUGCGUCCUCUGGAAGCUGGGGGUCUGAUGCAGCCUGAGCCCCAGGCUCACACCCUGAUUGCAGAGGCCGUGCAGCCGGGCCUACGUGCUGCUGGUGGUAUUAAUGGUGGUGGGGUCCAGGUAGCCACAGCGCAACCUCAGGUUGUAACGCAACUCAGCGCAGAAGAGAGCAGCUCAGCCCGUGAUAUCACCUCCACACCCCCGACUCAGCGCAAUGGUUGUCAUCUGGCAGUAGGAACUCCCCAUUCCCAGGGCGGGUCCAGGGGGCCAAGUCCACAUAUGGUGCGCAGAGGAACCAAGAAACAGGCUCCGGCACCGCCAAAACAGGCCAGCCCCUUUGCAUCUCAGUCAGCCAAUCAGACACCCGCUUCCUCCCAUCACCCUCCCAUCACCCCGAGACGUCACACCGUCAAAGAGAGCCCCAUCCACGCCCCGUGUCACCCACCCCCACAGCCUCCUCAAGCCCCCCAAUCCCAGGGGGAGACGGAGUCUCCUCCCAGCUCUCCUGGCACUCCGCCUCAUGAUGGACCCAACUCCAACCCGUUCUCUACCUUCCACUCCGGAUCUCUUCCUCGUCCCUGUAGGCCGGCUCCCAAGCCUCGGCCCAGGCCCUCCAUGCCACCACCCCCACAACCUUCAAUGGAUAAUGACAGUAACGACAGCUUUAACUCCGCCUCCAAGAUAAUUACUGACGGGGGUGUGGUCUUAAAGGGGACUGGACGAGCCCUCAUUCCUGACGUGGUCAUGGAUCUACAAACGGAGAACUCUGCUGGUCAAGAGCCUGCCGCCAUAGCCCCACCCACAGACCAUGAGACAGAGACCACGCCCCUGUGAGAAAUUUAAAAAACACCUUCACUCAGCUGGUCCAUAGAACAGAUGUCGGAACUUCACCCAAAACAUUGGAUUGGAUUCUUUUUUUUCUCUGUCAAAAAGACCCCCCCCCCCCCCCCCCCCCAAAAAAAAAACAACUUGCUAGAUGUUUGACCUUGGAUUACAGACGCUCUCCAAACAUGGCUGAUGGCGUUAAAAACUUCACCUGGUUAAUUUUACGGUUAUGGAAAUGUACUUAGUGCAAACUUUAUUGGUCAGCUAAAAUAUGGCCAGACUGUUAUUGGUAUAAUUCCGUUACCAUGGAGUUGCUCGGCUGUGAUGCUUCGAAUGUUUUGCAGAUUUCACUGUGAAUCCUGUCUGCAGAAACCAGUUCUCAGAGCACAGACCUGAUAAGUUGUAUUCUUCUACUCAAUUUGAGUGUUAUCCAGAGACGUUGUUGGUUAAUUUUACUUUACUGGCUAAAUGUGACAUUUGAGGCGCUGCAAAAUUCAUCUUACCAAAAACAGUGAAAAGGACCAAAGAAAAACAAACACUUAUUUUCACAUCAUUCCGAUUCAGCAAGAGUGCAAUAUUAUAAAUGAUAAUUCUAUUUUAUGUUCCGGUAUUGUCGUGGGGUGAAGCUUUGCUUGGUUUUCCAUCUUUAUUUUCAUUUGACAAUGAAUGUGACGUUUGAAAACUAGCUUUGGAAUUAUAAAAUUUUCUUUGGAAAAGCAUAACCUGGGGCCUCAUUUAUAACUGUUAACAGGACCAAAAAUAUGCACACAAAAAUAUUAAAGCAUUCACUGUGGUUUAUAAAAAUAAACUAGAUGGCAGAAUGUUUGCAUAUGUACACAUGUAAACUGUGACCCAUGCAUAUGAUUGUUUUGGAGAGGGUUACAACGUGAAUAGCAGCAUUAUACAUAAAAUGAUGCCAUGUGCAAGUGUCACAAUUUGUACGUUAAAUUCCACUUCAUAACACACGUUACAUAUACAUGUAGUUUAUCAUUUAAAAAAAUAGCAGUAAAUGCAAUCAAGACAACAUUAUUGUUUCCAGAGUGACUGUUCCAUGUUUAAAUAUAUAAUGAGACAUCGAUUUAAACCACACAUUUAAUAUUUCAUCAGCGCACCAUAGCUAUUGAAAUGCAAACCUAUUUGUGAUGGAUGUGACUGGAUUAUCACCAUCAUUUUAACAAUUAAGGUUCCGCCUGCUGCUACGGGCAUGAAGCAUUUACAAAUCUUUUUCUUAAUGCAGAUUUAUAUUUAAAAGGGCCAUGUAAUUUUUACUAGUCAAAUUUUAUUCAGAGAGAUUUUUCUCUAAAUACAAACAGUACAGAGACAUCACAGCAGCACAAAGGAAUUCUGGGAACACUAUUGAUAAAUAAUUGUCCAGUUAUUCUAUUAUUUGGAAAGUUUCAUGCUGGUUCUUGUGGUAAGAUUUUUAUCCUUUGUUAAAGCUUCUUAAAAGUUAUGCCGAUAAGUGAGUGAUAUGAAAAUUAACAAGAAACAUGCUGCACCGUACGUGAACUAUCCUUACAAAAUGGUUUGAUUUCAUGAAACGAUGCCCUGUUGUGGGGCAUCGUCUCAGCUGUGAUCACACAUAAGUGCCUCAAUUUGUGUUUAAGAAAGUUUUUUUGUUUUGUUUUGAUUUUUUUUAAUCCUGUUCUUCCUCUUGGUUCCCAUAAUAAGUAUAUUUUGAGCUCGUGUAUGUUUGAAUAUUCAUGAGGUGCUUUGCAUUUACCAUUUUGGGUUGAAAGUGGGCAUGUAAAGGACGGGAUAUGAGAUGGAGCCAUCCAUUUUCUAUACCCGCUUACUCCAAUUAAGGGUCACAGGGUGGGGGUGGGGGGAGCUGCUGGAGCCUCAUCCAGCAAUCAUAGGGUGUGAGGUGGGGUUCACCCUGAACAGGACACCAGUCUUGAGACAGAUCCAUCUGAGCACAGUUUGAAGUCAUGGUUGAUUUAUAAAGGUGUGUGUAGAACGGUAUAUGUCAGUUGUUUUUUGUUUUCCUUUUUUUAUACUCCAUUUUUUCUUUUUGUUCUUGCAUACACUGUUAAUAGGAAUCCCAUGUGAUGUUUUGUAAAUGAGGCCCCAGUUAUUCCCAGUCUUAAACCAAAUAUGGCCAAAUAAUUAGAGAGUUUUGAAAAUAUAUAAUUGUAUUAUAGAAGAGGGUUUUUUUUUCUUAUGCUGUUUUAAAUUGUGCACAAUUUGCAUCAUACAAUGCAUCAUUACUCUGACAAUAAUAAACAUUGUUCAGC